CUAUGCUAAUUUCGUGAUGUCUGGCAGCACGUUGGUGGAGAAGCCAACGAUUUUUGAAAGGGACAAACUCGAGUACGACAACGACAAAAAUUUCGUCGGUGCGGGAGAGUUUGGAGAGGUGUUCCGUGCCACACUGCGACAAACGGGCGAUGUGGUCGCCGUGAAAGUCCUCAACACACCUCAGCGCCUCAAACAGAUUGAAUUGGAUGCUCUCAUGAAAGAGGCGAGUAUUCUUCAGAGACUGCGGGGACACGUCAAUGUCGUGCAACUGAAGGGCAUCUGUGUCAACCCGCGCCAUUAUGCUCUCGUACUGGAAUAUGUUGAUAACGGAAAUCUAGAAGACUUGCUGCUGCAUGAACGAGAGAAGCAGCCGAUUGUGGAGCAGUGGAACUGUCGUUGUAGCAUGGGGUUGGAUGUGGCCAGGGGAAUGUUGUAUAUUCACAAUCAGAAGGAUCCGAUCACUCAUAGAGACUUGAAGAGCUCUAACGUGCUCGUGACGCAAAAUUAUCGCUGCAAGAUUUCUGAUUUUGGACUGGCCAAAAUGCGUGGCAUUUCAUCUCAGACUACCAGGAGAUCUCGCCGAGGUCGUCAAAAUUCAUCAGGAACGUUGUCAUUUAUUGCUCCGGAACGAUUGACUGGUGAAACAGAUCCUACCAAAGGACAGAAAAUUGAUGUUUAUGGAUUUGCGAUUGUGUUGUGGCAGUUGAAAGAAAUGGCAAGACCAUAUGCAUCUGAGAAUUCUACUUCUGCUAUUCGUGAGAAUGUAAUUGGUGGUGUACGGCCAAAGAUAAGUGAAGAUCGCAGCUGUCCACCGGGGUUAGUACAGCUCAUCAGAGUUUGCUGGAGUAUAGAUCCUGAUGCCAGGCCAGACUUCAUGACCAUUAAGAACCAACUUGUUGAAGUCGUACAUUCCUUUGAGUCUGACACUACCACUGGUUCAGUUACAGAUGACGGUGGAGCUGUAUCUAGCCAUACACUUGAGAUGGGGCCAGUUGACAAAGUGACUGAGACACAAGUAGUCGACGUGGCUACUGAGAUUGGCACAGAUUGGCCUCAAUUUGCCGCUCUCAUUCUUCCACGUAUGUUUUCAACCAAAGUGAUCAAGGAAAUUAAACAAGAUAACGGGUCAACAUUUGAACAAGCUCGAGCAAUGCUCGAAAAAUGGACUAAUGCCUUGGAUAGGGAUGCUACGUGUUGCAAAGUUAUCAUAGCCCUAUUGAGAAUGGAAUUGAAACGUCAGGCUGUUUCUGUAUUUUCUAGAGAAUUAGUAGAACACGUUGAACAAAAAUAUUUACAAUAAUUUUUAUUGGGGAUGCAGACAUUGAAUUAGCAUUUUUACGUAUUUUUUGUUGUAUUGAAACCUCUUGUGUUACUCGGUGACUGGCUAGUUUACUAGUUUAGAUUUUACUUAUUUUACUGUUACUGUAUAUGUACAUAGAAUUAUGUUAAAGAUACCUCGAAGGUAUUGAUU